AGACCGCCCAAAGAGUCAAGUCGUGCGCCGGUAUCGUCUGGCAGCUGAAUGCUGUCUCAUUAACAUGUCUGCGACACAUUUCAAUUAAUUUCACAACGAAUAAUUAAGGAAAACAAACUGUUUAUUUUUAUUAAUAAUAAAAAUAGACUUUACAAAGUGUAUACAAGAAUCUCGGGAAAUUCUAUAAGUGUUUACUAUUCUAAGCCCGUAAUUUCAUUAUGGGUGUUAGAAAGCGCUGAUAAAAAGCAGAUGCACGCAAUUGGCUCCAGUCAUAUUCCUUAUCAGUAUCAAGUCGAGACAAUAUAAAUAUUGAGUUGGAUAAAAUAAUGUAUAUUACAAGCAUCACAACAAAUAACAGUUAUACAAAUACACGCAAUCCUGAGGUGUUGUUCUUCAAUAUAGGCGUUACAUAUACUAGUGACGCUUGAGGCAUAACAUUGACAUGUAACAGAAAGUUUCGAAGAUGGACCCGUGUAAAAUAGAACAUAAAAAUGUUGAAGAGGAGGAAAAUAAAGAAAACAUCGAUGAAUCUUCUCCUCUCAAACCAAAUGGAGAAGAAAAUGUCAAAAGUGAAAAAGAAGAAAAACACGAAGAAAAAAAUGAAGAAGUUAAGAAAAAGAAGCUCACAUUCAGAGAAAGGCUAAAAUUAAUAAAAGACAAUACAACGGUAGAGCCUAUAAUGGCCUGCUAUGUGAUGCCCAGUGUACUUGCAUCGUUAGCUAUACAGAAUUUAAAUUUAGAAAAAGCCUGCAGAGUCAACUUGAAUUACAGCACAGAAGUGUGUGACGCUUUGAAUUUGAGGCAGACAGAGAACUAUACUCUUGAAGAGCAAGCAGUACAGAAGCUGACAGCCAGUGUGGGAGUGUGGAAGAAUGUGGUGCAAACUUCUAUCCCAGUGCUACUUAUCCUUUUCGUGGGAGCCUGGAGUGAUAAGACGGGGAAGAGGAAAGCAUGUAUCAUGUUGCCUAUAGUGGGAGAAUUUAUAGCGUGUCUUGGGUUCAUUGUAAAUACAUAUUUCUUUAAUUGGCCUGUAGAAGUGUCUGCGUUUACUGAAGCAAUAUUUCCUGCUAUAACGGGUGGAUGGUUCACUAAUUUUAUUGGUGUCUUCAGUUACAUCGGAGAUAUUACUACAGAGGAAAAUAGGACUUAUAGAGUGGGCUUAGUAAAUAUGUUCAUGUCAUUAGGCUAUCCUAUAGGUAGUGCAUUAAGCGGUGUUAUGCUCUCCUGGGUUGGAUACUAUGGUGUGUUUUCCGUAUCAUCGUCUUUGUACUUAUUUAGUUUAAUAUAUGGGUACAAAUACUUGGAAGAUCCGAAGCAAAGAGCUGUAAAGAAAAUAGAAAACAAAAAAGACAAGAAAUGUUUCCUUCGAGAAUUCUUCGAUGUUGGUCUGGUGAUGGAAACCUUCAGGGUAGCUUUUAAACAAGGUCCUGGAAACAGGAGGCUACGAGUGUGCUUACUUCUCAUUGUAGUAUGCGUUGUAUUUGGACCAAUGCAUGGUGAAUUCACCGUGAUGUAUCUGUUUACAAGAUACAGGUUUAACUGGGAUGAAGUCCAGUACAGUAUGUGGUCUACUUACUCUAUCGUCACCAAUUUGAUGGGUACAUUCUUCUCCAUAACUUUAUUCAGUAACUACAUGAAGUUGGAUGACACGCUGCUUGGUAUCAUCUCCAACACCAGUAAGAUUGUCGCAGCCUUCGCGUACGCCUUUGCGAGAAAUGACUUGGAGAUUUAUUUAGCACCUCUACUGGAAAUAUUGAAUGGUACUUCGUUCAUUGCGAUGCGAUCUAUUGCUACAAAGCUGGUGGAUGGCGAAGAAUUUGGUAAAGUGAACUCCUUGUUCGGUUUGGCAGAAGCCACGAUGCCCCUGUUAUAUGGACCUCUGUACUCUAGGGUAUACAUGGCUACUCUUGACAUUCUGCCCGGAGCUGUAUUUUUAUUAGGCGCUGCUAUGACGUUACCUGCUAUUGCAAUAUUUGGGUGGUUGUAUUUUGAACACAAAAAGGAUAAAUUGAGAAACGAAGCGCUAAAAGAAGACAGAGAAAAGCAACAGACAGAACAAUUAAAAUAAAAACAUAAGAUAAUGAAGUUUUUAAAACUGUGGAAGAUGUAUUAGCUGGCUUUGAGCCAUUCGGAGUUGGUUUUUGCUUCACUAGAGGCGCUACUGCACCCUAAGGCCUAUAGUCCUAUAUAGUAUUUAUUUAAUUACGUCCAUUGGUCAGUUCUUGACAGCUAAGCUGUAAGUACCAAUAGGAUUUGACGUCUCACUAGCGCUCUCUGGUGAGUGAAAAACUAUUAUUAUGUUUUGUACUUAUUAUACUCAUAUUUCUACAAUAUUAAGUUAGUUAGUUCUUGAACCAUGUUAUGUUAUUGCUGUUGUGCCUAUAUUUUUUAAAAUUAUAUUAUUAAAAAAAUAUA